AGAACCGGUUCUCGGAUCGGCUCGAGCCUUUUCUCCGCCAUGGCUGAGAUGCUGCGCCUGCCCACUUUAGCAGAGGACGCAGGCACAGACAAGGUGGUGGUGAAGAAGACCUUCAUUGAGGUGGUGGAAGAUCUCACUCCGAAAGGUUUGCCACCUACAUACAACUCAGACUCAGUCAUCACUUCGCGGUUUGGCAGACAGCUGAGCGGCAAGUCCAUUGUGGAUGAGGAGCCAGUCGAGUUGGAUGAUGUGUUCGAAGCUUCCGAGUGCGACGAAGAAGACACUGCGAGGCCGGAGAGGCCAGCAGAGUGCACAGACGAGGAGCUCCCAACACUGCUUGGUGGCAGGCCAGCUGAGGAGGCUGGGCCAAAGCGCUUGCUGAUCUCUUCCUUUCUUCGCAGUGAGGAAGGUUUGGGGCACCAUGCGGUGGAGCCUCAGGAAAUGUACAGGCGAUCACUAGAUCUUCUGGUGCAGCAGUACGCGGCCAUGGCUACGGCAGCAGGAGGAAGCUCUAGUUCUGGCAGACAGCCGCGCACCACAGUGAUGCUACGCAAUCUUCCCAACAACUACACUCGGACAAUGGUUUGCACUAUGAUGGACAAAGAAGGCUUCAAGGGCCAAUACGACUUCCUCUACCUUCCCAUUGAUUUCCGUUCCAAAGCGAACUUGGGAUAUGCCUUUGUAAACCUUGUGAACGAGCUGCAAGUGCAGGCGUUUUGGAAGGUCUUUGACGGAUACACGCGCUGGGUGCUGCCCAGUGCCAAGGUGUGCAGCGUCAGUUGGAGCGGUCCACACCAAGGGCAGCAAGCGCAUGUGGAUCGCUAUAAGGACAGCCCGAUCAUGCACAGCAGCGUGCCAGACGAGUUCAAGCCUGUUAUCUUCGCAGGAGGCUCCGGCGAGCGGAUGCCCUUCCCCGCGCCCUCCAAGAAGCUGCGGGCGCCAAGGAGGCGGCCCGGCCAGGGCCACGGCAAUGACUCCAAGCCGGGCUGAGAGUAGACGUGAGCCUGUCUUUUGCGUGUGGCCCUCCGGUCCGCACCGGGUGGGUGCCAGUGCUUUGUCCCACU